AUGAAUUCCUCUUCUCUGAAGCGUAUCCUCAACAGCAUGCAAAAGGAAACCUCAAUGACACAUUUAGACAUCAACACUCAUAAAAACCUCAACAAUGGUGACAAUCGCAAACCUGACACUGGAGCCGUGUUAUCAAAGACAUUUGAAGUGGCAGCUCUUGGUAGACCUCUGUUUCCUGGUAUGCUUUACGACUCCCGCACAGAUGGCUUUAUUCCAGGUGUUACUCUGUGGGAUAAGACAUCAUUGUAUAACAAUUUGGACACUCGCACAGACACCAAAACCGAUAUAAAGUUUAGCGCCUUUGAUUCUCUCAAUAGUAAGUGCAGUCUUCUGGAUGUCAGUGCCUCUCUGAAGGCCAGCUUCAUGAGUGGGCUGGUGGAGGUGGAAGGAUCUGCCAACUAUCUGCUUGACACUAAAUCCUCAAACCAACAGUCUAGAGUAACAAUGUAUUACAGUGAAACCACAAAAUUUGAACAGCUCACUAUGACCCAGCUGGGCCACAUCACCUACCCUCAGGUCUUUCACCAGAAAACUGCCACUCAUGUGGUCACAGCUGUACUGUAUGGUGCUCGGGCCAUCAUGGUGUUUGAUCGGACAUUUUCAGAAUAUGAAAACAAGCAGGAUAUUCAUGGAGAACUGAAGGUCAUGGUCUCAAAGAUCUCUGCUGGUGGAUAUGGAGCAAUUAAUAUGACAGAUAAUGAGAAGAAGAUAUCUGAGAGUAUCCGCUGCACUUUUCAUGGUGAUUUUCAUCUUGAGAGGAAUCCCACUACAUACAUGGAGGCCCUGCAGGUGUACAAACAGCUCCCCACCCAGCUAAAGAUAAAUCCACAGAAUGUGGUUCCAUUAAAAGUCUGGCUUUAUCCUCUUCAUCUGUUAGACCCACAAUCAGCUCGGCUAGUGACAGAAAUGAGCACAAGUACAUUGUUCGACACUGAAGCUGCAAUAGAUGAGCUGGGAGAUGCAGAGAGGAUAUGCAAUGACCUGCUAAACAAUCCACUGGUAAAUGUUUUCAGUGACAUUGAAGAGAGGCUGCACUCAUUUCAGAGGUCAUUCAUUGUUUACAAGAUGGCUUUACAGAGAGCACUAGGCAAAGUUUUGCCUUCUAUUCGAGGAGGAGAAAAAGAGCAGUCGUCAGUGGUAGACAUCCUGAGGAACCACAGUAACUCUCCUUUUAGAAAUAGUAUGCAGUGGUUACAUAAUACAAUGUCUGAACUUCACCGCUUAAGUUUCUGCACCAAAGAACUGAAUGGAAUCAGAACUGUAGACUCAGAUGGUCUGAACAACAUUCUCCUGAAUCCUAAUAUUGAUAUAGUGGUGUGUUUUGCCUUAACAUCUCUGAAGUAUGAAGACAAGUAUCUUUUAAGCUUAAGUGCAUUCGUGAAAUCUGAGGAGUUUACGAAGUUCACAGGAACAAAAACGGAUUUCUUGCUUGAUGAGGUAUCUGACUCAAAGUGGUUAAAUAAUCAAGAUGUCAUCAUAAAAAUGCGAGAAAAUUUACGUCUCUUCAAAAGCUUCUCAGAAGCCAAUAAAGAUAAUAAGAAAAUGCACUUUAUUAUUUCUGCCAUCUCUGAUGCCUCCAAUCCAGGCUCCUCCAUUUAUCUGUAUGAACAAGGCAAUCUGACAGACAAACAGUUUAAACCUUCAGUGUCCAAGCCGCCCGCACCCAUAGUGAAGCGCAUCAGUGAAGACUCUGUGUCCCUGAUCCUGCAGAAGUCCCCAGCUGGAGAAACAGUGCAGUAUAGAGUCGAGUACAAGGAGGAAGAAACAGAGAAGGAAGAGUGGAUGUUCAAAAACACAGCUGAUGAACACUUUACUCUUACUGGAUUAAAGUCUGCAAAGCAGUAUCUGAUCCGCUACAGGACAAUGGUAGCGAGUGAAGCGAGUGAUACUGCUAAACUUUACUCUCUGGGUCUAUCUGUGGUGGUGGGUGGAAAAGGAGGUGAUGCAUUCAACGUUAUCAAUAAUUUUGAAAACACCCUUCAGAAGAUCAGUAUUUCUUUUUCUGACUCGGUCUUCCACACAAUACAAAUGACAUUUAAUGGUGGCGAGGCAUUUGAUUUUGGUAACGUAAAGGGAUUUAGCACAAAAUACUCUGUGUUUGACCAAGAUGAUAAAAUCACAGCCGCAACGGUGUGGCCAAAUGACAGGAAUACCAGAGUUGCGGGUUUGGAAUUUGAGGUUACAAAAAGCAAUGGUGAAAGAAGAAAAUUCUCUGUCAAGGGGAGGGAACUUGGUGAUCCUGUGAGUCUGGAUGUGAGGUCCGGAAGAUGUUACGGCGCUAAAGGGAGAAGUGGUGAUGAAAUUGAUGCUCUGGGUUUCUACUUCUUUUAA